AAUUAAAAAAGAACGACGUUUCUAUCUGCCCUCUUCUCUCCUUUUCUCGGUUCGUCUUCGCUGCUCGCCUCUCGCCGGUGAAAACCCUUACGCGUCCUUCUCUCGAAUCGGUUGUCCGCUUCCCUUGCAUCGACAUCCAUCGAUCUCCACCGAAAUCAGCCUCAAUCGAUUGCCAUUUCCAGGUUCCGUGAAGGAUCACUCGGCUUCCGGCGAGAAAAUGUCGCUCUCGGCAGCCGACCUCCACACUGUGUACUCGUUCCUCUCCAACGCUUUGAGCAUUGACGAGUCCACCCGCAAGCAGGCGGAAUCCGCCCUAGCUCAGUGCGAGAACCGCCCCGGAUUCUGCUCCUGUCUUCUCGAGAUCAUUGCCGCGAGGGAUUCAGGUUGCCGGGAUGAUGCUCGUCUUCUUGCCUCUGUGUAUUUUAAGAACAGCAUCAGUCGCUACUGGAGACACCGCCGUGAUACCUCUGGCAUUAGCAAUGACGAGAAGAAUCACAUCCGAACAAAGUUGCUCUUACACUUGCGAGAAGAAAAUACCCAGAUAGCAAUUCAGCUGGCUGUUCUUGUUGCAAAAAUUGCACGCAUUGAUUACCCCAAAGAAUGGCCAGAGCUCUUUUCAAUUUUGGGUCAACAGCUCCAAUCACCUGAUACCCUAACUUCACAUAGAGUCUUCAUGGUUUUGUUUCGCACUUUAAAAGAACUAUCGACAAAACGUCUCAACUCAGACCAGAAGACAUUUCAUGAGAUUGCCUCACAGUUGUUUGAAUUCACGUGGAACCUUUGGAAGAAUGAUGUACAAACUAUACUUCAAACUUUUUCUACUAUUUCUCAAUCUGUUAUCACAAACUCAUUGGUGGAACAUGGACAUGAUUUGAUCAUCAUUUGUGAAAGAUGGUUGUUGUGUUUGAAGAUCAUUAGGCAACUGAUUAUAUCUGGGUAUCCUAGUGAUACAACAUCUGCACAGGAGGUUCUUCUGGUCAAGGAAGUUUGUCCUGUUCUCUUGUCUGCCAUUCAAUCUUUUCUUCCCUAUUAUCCUGCAUUCCGAGAAAGACAAGUCCAAUUAUGUGAUUUCACUAAAAGAUCGUGUACCAAGUUAGUGAAAACCUUGGUUGUCUUGCAAGCUAGGCAUCCAUAUUCAUUUGGUGAUCAGACUGUUCUUCCAGCCAUAAUUGAUUUUAGCUUAAACAUGAUAACAAAUCCAGAUGCUACAAUUGUAUCUUUUGAGCAGUUUCUUAUUCAAUGCAUGGUUCUGGUAAAAUCUGUACUGGAGUGCAAAGAAUACAAACCAAGCCUCACUGGGCGUGUAAUCAGUGAAAGUGCGGCUUCUUUAAGUUUGGAGCAAAGGAAGAAAAAUAUAUCCACAGCUGUUUCUGAAAUGAUUAAAACUAUUUUGCCAAGUGACCGAGUGAUUCUACUGUGUAAUGUAUUGAUAAGAAGGUACUUCAUUUUCUCAGCAAAGGAUAUGGAUGAAUGGCACCAAAAUCCAGAAAAUUUUCACCAUGAUCAAGACAUGGUCCAAUGGACAGAAAGACUUAGGCCUUGUGCUGAAGCAUUGUAUAUUGUAUUAUUUGAGAACUAUAAAGAUCUCUUGUCUCCUAUAGUUGUUUCCAUUCUAAAUGAGGCAAUGAGUGGUUCUCCGCCUUUAGAAACUGAAAUUUCUCAUGCAAUGCUUCUAAAAGAUGCUGCAUAUACUGCUGCCGGGCAUGUUUACUAUGAGCUCUCCAAUUUCCUCAACUUCAGUGACUGGUUUCAAGGAUCUUUGAGUAUUGAACUUUCCAACAAGCAUCCAAACAUGUGCAUUAUUCAUCGAAAAAUUGCAUUUAUUCUUGGGCAGUGGGCUUCUGAGAUUAAAGGUGACACCAGGAAGCUGGUCUAUCACGCUUUAAUCAGAUUGCUUCAAGACAAUGACAUCGCUGUUAAACUCGCUGCCUGUCGUUCUUUAUGCUAUCUUGUUCAGGACACAAACUUUUCUGAACAUGAUUUUUCGGAGCAUCUACCAACAUGCUGGAGUUCUUGUUUUAAGUUGAUGGAAGAAGUUGAAGAGUUUGACUCGAAGGUACAAGUGUUGAAUUUGAUCUCUGUACUAAUUGAUCAUGUUGGAGAUAAGGUUUUGCCAUAUGCAAGUCAAUUGUCCAAUUUUUUCUGCAAGAUAUGGGAGGAAUCAACUGGUGAAAGUCUACUACAGAUUCAGCUGCUAGUAGCAUUGCGAAACUUUGUCUGCUCUCUUGGUCAUCAAUCAUCAAUUUGUUCGAACUUGCUUCUACCUAUUCUGAAGAGUGGAAUCAAUAUUGAUAAUCCUGAUUCUCUCAAUCUUCUAGAGGAUAGUAUUCUGCUCUUGGAAGCAACCCUUUCCAAUGCUCCAUCCAUGGUGCCUCAGUUGUUCGAUUUCUUCCCUUAUCUGGUGGUUAUACUUGAAAGAAGCUUUGACUAUUUGCAGGUGGCUACAAGUAUUAUUGAGGAGUACAUAAUAUUUGGUGGCAUAGAGUUUCUAAAUAGGCAUGUUUCAAGCCUAGCUAAAAUACUUGACCACAUUGUUGGAAGUGUCAACGAGAAAGGGAUGCUUUCAACUCUCCCAGCCAUUGAUCUCCUGGUUCAGUGCUUCCCUACUGAGGCUCCUCCAUUGAUUGCUGGAGUUCUCCAGAAACUCAUCCUUAUAUGUUUGAGCCAACAAGAUGGUGAUCAUCCUUCCAGAACUACAGUUGUUACUUCUUCUGCAGCCAUUCUUGCAAGGGUCUUGGUGAUGAAUACUAACUAUUUUGCCCAAUUAGUAUCUGAACCAGCUCUUCAACAGUCAGGAUUUUCAGUUAACCAGAAUAUACUUCUUGCUUUAGCUGAUAUAUGGGUUGAUAAGAUAGACAGUGCGACUGUCAUACAAAGAAAGAUAUAUGCAUUAGCUCUUUGUAUCAUGUUGACUUUGAGAAUGCCACAAAUCAUUGAUAUACUUGAUGAUAUUCUAAGUGCUUGUACUGGUGUUAUCCUAGGAGGUGGUGAUGAGACAACUACAAGUGAAGAUGACUCGGGGGGUGAUACCACAAGCUCUCUUGCACUAAACAGUGAUGGCAUUGGAUAUGCUGGUAUUUCAAGCAAAGACUUAAGGAUGCGACAAAUUAAAGAUUCGGAUCCAAUCAGACAAUUUUCCUUGGAGAAUAUGCUUAAUGAAAAUUUAAAAGCAUGUGCAGCUUUUCAUGGAGAUGCAUCUUUCAAUGCCGCUAUUAGCCGCAUUCAUCCUUCGGCAUUCGCUCAGUUACAACAAGCAUUGAAGAUGUAGUCAAAAAAUUUGCGUGUACUAUUCUUUGCGUAUAGUACCAGUGGAUAUUUUCAGUUUGUUGAUUUCAGGUGUUCUGCUGUAGGUGCAACCUUGACUUUUCACCACAUUUGAGUUGUGUGCAUCCACCGUAGCUCCGUUGUUUGGCAAGAGAAAUGUCCAUGGAAAGCAGGUAGUUUUAGACGCCCCGCUCAUGGUGAUGUUCAUAAAUUGUAUUGUAUUUGUUUUUUUUUUUGGAUUUUACAACUUGAGACAUCUGAAUGAUUGAUCGAUAUUGUAAAGGCGUUUAUUUCUCUGAGCGUUCAAUUAAUUUAUUCUUGCACCUGGGCAAAUAGCCUCGCGUGCUAGAUAAUUUUGUGCUGA